GCGUAUUUUCCCGCGUCAGCUGCGGACCAUGUUGCGUGCAUCUCACCCUCAACGCUGCGUCUUGGGACCCUCUGAAGGAGGUGUGCCAAACAGCGAUGCCGCGCCAGUUUUCUUUGGAGGGUGGUCAGAAGGUCGCACAAAGAGGGGCCUUCCGAUAUUUUUGGACGCUGCAACUUUUGUGGUUUGCCGGGAUUGCCGGGUCUACAAAUUCUGACUCUUAUCCACCUUGCACUUUCGACUCUUGCGAAAUCUGUUUGGAAGACAAGACCAACGCCAGCCGGACCUUGCUGGUGGAGGGGCCAGAUCAUAAUUUGUGGCCAACAGCAGUGCGAAUCGCUCGCUGCCAGAACCUCUGGGAAAGCCAAGCGCUCACUGCACAAUUGAUUGGCAUUCUGAUCUUCGAAAAGCUGGGUCUCAGCAUUGACUAUGUGCACGCCGAAGAUGAAGCCGACGCCCUGCAUGCCAUUGCAGGAUGUGCUAGCUGGUGGGAAUCCCACGAAUCCUGUGACAUAGUCAAAGAUCAGCAGACAGCCCAAGAUCAAGGCAAAAAGCGGAACCCAGAUCCUGUCCCGGACAUUUUGUUCCACAGCGAGAUGGCGCCUAGGGUGACGAUGCCUUCAUAUUUGGACUGGAGCGAGCUGGCGGUCAGCUUGGGCACCAUAGGGUUUCGGACACAACGGCACAUCUAUAUCCACCACGAGAUCUCCGAGGAUGCCUGGCAACGAGAGAAGCUGGCGCUGGAACACUGGCGCCUGUAUACUAUUGAUGGAGCAAUCGGGUACUUUGACACCCCGAGGCAACUGAUGCAAAGUGGCUUGGCUGCCCAAUACCUGACACCAAACUGCACUAGUGCAGACGAUACGGUCCAAGCCGGUAUAGACCUCCAUCUCGAAGCUGGAUGGAUUUGUCAUGAGAGCUCUUGGUGGUUAACUCCAGCCUGCGCUGAUCUGGGAGCUCAGUGGAUGGAUCUUUGCAUCCCGCUCUUGGAUGAUGAUUGGGGUUAUCCAAAGCCUGCACUGUACCGUUUGCUUUCCAGCGCAGGACUUCGAAUCGCCAAGCUCACGGUGGGAUACAGCGUGCACAAUGAUGUGAUCCUCCACUUUCGCAAUCGCACACUCUUCCACUGGUGGGAUACAGACAGUACCUACAAGUCGCGGCAUCCAUUGAAGCUACACCUCAGCGGCGCUGCCGAAGGUCACUACAAUGAGAAGAUGGUUUAUCCUCCAUUAUUGGCGGCAGACGAGCAGUUAAAGGUCUUGCUGUCCAACAUCCUUGUGACUAAUGAUCACCUCAACGAGAUGCUACUGCAGAUGGCAGACGCCAUGAACAGUUCAGGCCCACUGGGCAGCUUGAGCCCCUUGCGCCAGAAGGUGGCCUGCGACUGGCUCCGGAAGAAUGGUGAGGUUUGGAAGUCAUGGCUUCCAGAUCCAAGAACUUGUUCUCUGGGCCAGGGCUACGAUGCUGAACGCUCUCGCUGUGAGAUCUGCAACGAAGGUACCUUUUCCAACCGCAGCGAUGGGGAAGUCCUUUUGUGCCAGCCCUGUCCGCCUGGGCAUCAGUGUCCCACGGAAGGCAUGGUGAUGCCACAACUUUGUCCUGCGGGAACAUUUGCGAAUGAAUCUGGUCGGGAGACGUGCGAGCGUUGCUCCAUUGGGAACUUUGCGAACUUCACUGGCGGCACCAUAUGCAGGAGGUGUGAAGAUGUGAUUGUCGGGAGCACGACUGUCUUCAAAGCGGCGAACGAAGAGAAAGAUUGCGAAUGUCCAGCAGGAACCUACCAAGAGCAGAGGCACUGCCGCCGCUGCUUUGAGGGGUUGCUGUGUAAAGGUGGUGAACAUCCCCCGCGUCAGGAAGCCGGAUACUACGUGGUGCAGCAAGACAACAAGUUUUCUGUCUUCCGCUGUGCAGACUCCGCACGCUGCUUGGAGGGUGAGCUGGGUGGCUGCGCUGCUGGCCGAGACGGACUGCUCUGUGGCCGCUGUCUACCAGGCCGGAUCCCAGGGCCAGAAUCCACGUGUGUAGAUUGUCAAGGCACUGAGAUGCUGAUCGUUGGAGUUAUUUGCACCUUGUAUCCCAUCGUGGUGGUCUGGGCAUACACUGUCUUGAACCGCUCCUAUGCCAAGCAGUCCCACUCUCUGCUGCAGAUAGGAAUUGUAACCUCCAUGUGUUUAGUGGUGCUGCAGCAAUUCGGCGCCCUUGGUGGGGCCCAGGUGCCGUGGGUUCCACCCACUUCGGUGCUUCUAGAGACGAUGCAGCUCUUCACCUUCGACAUUGAAGUGCUGCGUACUGGCUGCGUGCUAUUUUUGCCGGCCUUUUGGCGAUAUGCUGCCAGGCUGAUCAUCAGCUUCUUUCUGCUCUUUUCCUUCUUCGUUGUCCACCUUGGCCAUGUGAUUCUACAACACCGGGGGGCCUUCGGCGCCCGCUGGCCCGCCUUGAUGCGGGUCUUGGGGACAAUUUUUCUCCUCUUUCAGAUUGCGAUCGCAAAUGCUGCCCUCGUGCCAUUUGAGUGCAUGACGCAUCCCAACCAGCUUGCAACAGUGAUCAAGUAUCCCACCGUGAUUUGCAGUUUGGAAGAAGAUGGUGACUGGAUGUUUAUGGCGAUCUUGGGCUUGUUUUCGGUGGUACUUAUUUGCAGCUGGGUUACGACUUGUGCGGUGCUGGUGUAUCAAUGUCCAGCACAACUGGCCAGGAACAACGAUGCCUUUUUCAAGGCCAGUGGAUUUCUCUUCAUGCGGAUGAAUCCGGAGGCCUAUUGGUUCGUCCUGAUCGUGGUGCUCCGGAAUCUCUUUGUGCCAGGGGUGUCCACGGUCCCUGAUGCGGUGUUUCAGGUCACAUGUUUUCAGGCUUUGCAGCUGAUCUACUUGUGUUUGCUUUGUCGUUUUCAGCCUUGGCGGCUGCACGCCGGCAAUUCCUUGGACAUGGUCAUCACUUCAGGCUUGAUCCUCUUCUUGUCGGCGGCAGCCAUCACUGUAGGAGAGGUCAACCUCUUUGCAACCUCAGUGCUGUGUUCAUCGGUAGUGGUCUGCAUCUUUGCUUUGAACUUGCUACUCUUCCUCGCAGUGCUCUACCGACACUUCAGGCAACACGUCUCCAAGCCCUUCAGUUUCUACCUUUGUCAUCACAAAGCUGAAACAGGUGCCUUUGCUAGGCUUUUGAAGAUCUAUUUCGAUGAGUUUUCGGCCAAAUCGGCGUUGUACCGAAACCAGCAAGUCUUUUUGGAUAUUGACAACCUGAACAACAUGGAGCAGUUCCUUGACUAUGUGGGCAGCCAGUCAGAGAACGUGGUGGUCCUUUUCUCCGGUGAGUUGCUUUUCAGGCCGUGGUGUUUGGGCGAAUUGGUGAUGGCACACCUGGAACGUUCUCGAAUUAGGACAAUGCCAGUCUACUGGCCAGAUAUGACAAGUCUGGAUGACAAUGCCGUUCAGAGUAUCUUGGGCCAAGUUGACACUGUCUCUUUGCUUCCACAUGGCAUCACAAGUGAGAUGAUCGAGGACAUGCUCCCCUGGUUCCGCUCCUUGCCCUAUGUGCGCCUUCCCCGCAGCCUGGACAGUCGUGUCAUGGACACCUUAGCAGCUGCCCUAAUGUCUGGCUCCUUUAGUGGCAAGGUGAUUUUGCCGGAGCUUGCCGGUGGCGGCGAGGGAAUCCAAGUCUGCUUGGUGGCAGAUCAUAGCAACAUGGAAGCUUGUGCAGCUGGACUUGUGCUUGUCAAGAAUCUGAUGUCUCUCACCACCGCUGCUGCUCCGCAGCUUACUCCGCAUUUCCUGCUGGAGCAUGAAACUACGCUCCCACUCUCCACCAGCACAGUGAUUUUCAUGCUCUCGAUUGGAGCCUUCUACCAGCCUUCGUUCAUGAAGAGCCUUGUGUGCGCUGGGGAGCUGAGCUGCAAAGCACUGCCUGUGAUUUGCGAUGAUUUCCGCUUCACGGGGAAGGUGUUCCUCAAGGAGUUCACAAUCCGGGCGCCGAUGCGCUUUGCCUCCAGCGGCUUGGCCAAAGGGCCUGAGGACUUGGUGCAGCUCAUUGUGAAUCUCUUGAAGGAAGUCUCUGUAGUCUUCUGCCCCCAGAAGUUCUCUCAGGAGCUCUUGCGCCAGAGAUCCAAGACCGUCCUUCAAAGGUUGAUGGCUGGAAGCUUGCGGCAAUUGGUGCAGAACGCAGAGAUGUCUCCGACCUCGGACAUUGUCACAGAUUAUGAGGGCUCCGGCUCGAUGCCUCCACAUGUAGUAGGCGCACUGUUCUUGGAGUCCAAACCAUUGGCGAAGGCCAGCAAGGAGCCCCCUGAGCCGACAGAGACAGAGGUUGAUGGUGUGAUGGUGGAGGAAUACUUCUGAGCCAAGCUUGAUUCAAUGCAGUGUAGGUAUCCAUCCUCAGUGUGUUUCGGAGCUUGGCAUUGCAGAAAAGGUUCGCUCACCAAUCAAAGUAUCCAAAGCUUGAGGAAUCGGGGCGCUGG